UUGGCAGCCGAUGGGUUUCCUGGCCCUUGCGGGCGUGGCCGCUAGCACGCUCCGCUCCUCCUUCCACACACUUAGUAUGCUUGUGGAUUUAGACGCAGCCAGCACUUGCCUGCUGGCCCGCCAGGUCCUGGGCAGCUUCUGGACGGGUGCUGGGCUGCUGUUCAUCUUCGGGGUGUUGCUCGGGGUGACUGGCACGUGCAUCUAUGCCGCCUGCGGCUGUCCUAUGCCCCGGCCGGCGGGUCGCCGUGCAGUGGAUGAAGGGCACGGACUGGCAGCUUCGGAUCUUGCUCACGCCAUGCUCCGAGAGCGACUUCAAGAGCGUGAUGGAGACGGAGCCCCCAGCUGGGGCCGGCAAGGCAGGGUUGCUGUGGUUCGCGAUGACCCCGGACGGCGACGUGUACCCACACGCAUUGACGGUCCCUGGGCCCUCCGGAAUGGCGGCGCUCGACGACGACAACCACAUCAUUCAGGAGAGCGCAGCGGGGACAGUGCUUCGGAAGAUCGAGAAGGUGCACGGCCACGACUGGCAGCCAUCGCCGAUGGAGCUCUUCGCCGCCCUGGAGGUGGUCGGGGUCAGCCUUCAGCUCAGCCCCGACGGGGGCAACCGCUCAUACGGCGUCCGGCCAGGAGCGAGGCGUCGGCUAGCAGGCAAGCAGCCGAUAGCGUCUGGAGCGACUCAGACUGGUAACAUCGACGUGGGCCACGAGCACCUGCCAGACGUGGCGCCGAAUGUGUGGAUUGUGAAAGGCUCCUCGGGCAAUACCAGCGUGCACACCAUCGGCAACGCCGCGGUGGACGAGUACGCCACCAUCGCGGGCUUCGCGGUGGCGCAGCAGGGCGAUGAGGUGUUGCUGCUCAAGGAGGGCACCGCCGCAGAGGCCAACGCCGACUUCGACGCGCGCGUCCUGUCGGCGGAGACCGCGGCCGACAGCGAGCGGCGCCACAACUUCAGGGAGAGCGCCAAGCUGCGCACGGAGAGCCACUGGGAUGGCUGGCCGAUCCGCGGCCCUCGCACCACGGCCUGGUGCAUCCAGUUCAUCGCCGAGCAAGAUCAGCAUCCUCGGAGCCGCCACACUAAGUGGCGCCACGAGUGUGGUCUCGGCGCCUCGGACAUCGGCGUCGGCGACCACGAGUUGGCCAUGAGGUUCCUGGAAAUAUCGGUAUGCUUCGAUCAGUUGAAAACCACCGAGCUGGCGUGCGUCAAGCUCUUGAUGAGGAAGGCUCAACUCGCUGAAUGGCGGCACCGUGAGCGCUUGACGUCGCGCGCUGGCUCCGACGACCUGCUGGAGGACGAGUUCUUGUACCUCGGCAUUGGCGAGACCCGGGGCCUCAUCAUGGUGGCCCCGGGUCUCCAGGACCACAUCAGUCAGGAGUUGCACCGGAAGUACGCCACCGCCCAGGAGAGGAGGAAGGUGCGCGAGGAGCGCAUGGCAGCUCGCCCGCCGGGCGGGAGCGGCGGCGGCGGCGCGGCCGGGGCUGCUGGCACGACCG